AUGUUGAAUAUGUCUCCGCUACGAGGAGUAUCGCAUCAAAUACAGCCUCGUGGGCUAGAGAGCGGCACUAAGCAAGCCUCAUUGUUUGCGGUCGCCAUCCCUUUCAAUGCAAUCACGACUGUAAUAGUCGUUUUACGCAUCUAUGUCCGUUUACGCUUGAAGCAAUUGUGUUUAGCCAUCGACGACUAUCUGAUGCUCUCUGGUGCAUUCUUCACGAUCUCGCUGUCUAUUGCCAACAUGGUUUAUAAGUCUUCCCGCGGCUGGUACGGUGUUGGCAAGCACACUCUCGAAAUCCCCAAAGAAGACCUUGCACCGAUGCUGAAAGCAAACCUUGCCACACGUCUGUUAUAUGUUGUUGCGAUUUGCCUAGUCAAGUUCAGCAUCCUGGUGUUUUACCGAAGACUAGACCCUCGGCGGCGCACAAGGGUGAUUGUAUACUUCCUGAUGGCAUGGGUGGCUGCUCUCUCUAUCGUUACAUUCUUCGUGCUACUGUUUGUUUGCACGCCACCAUCUUUGUUUUGGGAUCCUGCGGGCCAGGCUGAGCAUCCGGAGAAGUGCUUGAAGCAGCCUACGCAGCAGAUGUUUUUCAACAUCAACGGGAUCAUGAACGUCAUUCAAGACUUCGCUAUAUACGUGUUGCCAAUGUCCAUUGUCUGGAAGCUACAAAUGCCACAGGGACAAAAGAUCGCGCUAUGCGCCCUUCUCUGUGUUGGACUCAUCGCAGUUGCAGCUGGCUGCGUGCGUUUCUACUACGUGCUCUUCCUUUCGAACGAAGCGGAUAUUUGGUACUAUAUGAGUGAUUCGCUGUCGUGGUGCAGCAUCGAGAUCUACGCGGCCAUCAUAUGUAGUACCACGUCCACUUUCAAAGUUCUCCUCAAGACACACCUUCCAAAAAUGUGGAGCAGCGCCGGGGGUCACGAGAAGGGUCCCAGUAAACCUCAUGCACGGUACAAUGAAUCGCAUAGCGGACAGUUCGAGAUGAGGCCUUUCGGCGGGGUAUCGAACAAGUCCAUCAGUAAUAGGAAGUACGGGAUUGAGGGACUCACAGAGAUCGGAAAUGAGAGCGAAGAGGCCGUCAUGCGGCCUGAAAGCAAGAUGAGAGCGACUAUUGCUAUAUCCACGUCGAAUCGAUAG